GCUUUGGACUGUACCGGACUAUAUUACUGAUUGAUCAUCCAGUAUGAAGAAUUCUUACAUAAGCAAAGAAGAUAAGAGGCUCAUGAAGCCGGUCAUAGAAAAGAGACGUAGAGACCGAAUCAACCAGAGCCUGGAACAUCUAAGGACCCUUCUGCUGGAGGCCACUCAAGACGAGUCGCUGAAAAAUCCAAAAACUGAAAAAGCAGAUAUUCUGAAAAAGACAGUGGAAUUCCUGAGAAUGUGUAAUACUCCAGAUUCUGAAGUAGAGAAGAAUUCACUGCCAGGAUUUGAGGGAGGGUUUCAAGAAGGUCUCUGCCAGGCAACACAAUUCUUAAACUCCUCUACCAAUGUAUGUGAGGACAAGAGGACAUAUUUGGUAGGGAAACUGUACCAACACUUGGAGGACAAAUGUAUAAACAGAUGGAAGGAGCCAAUGCUAGGAGACAACAUGGAAAUUGAUCACAGACAGCUCCUACCAAGUCCACCACAGAUCUCCAGGGUAACAGGGGACCUAGAAACCAGCAUAGAAAAAUGUCCACAUAUUCAAACCAACCAACCACUUAUUCCAACAUACCCAUCAAGUUCAUCUAUAAGGCCCCUUUCCCAGUCAAUAUUGCAGUCAUCACCACGGAAACCUCAAGGAGAAAGUUGUAAAAUGUCAGUGCAAAGGACUAUCCUGCCCACGUUUCUCUCAAACGCUUCUAUGUCACCAGCUUUUGUAUGGAGGCCCUGGCCAUAAGACUGUUUUUUGUUUUUAAACCCAUGUUUGUCAGAGAGGGCUGCUAUUCAUUUCUAUGAAAUGAAUUGCAGCCCGUUCUGUAGUAAAGGGGUUAACUAUUUGUAAAUAGUCUUUGUACAUUUAAAUUAUAUUGUUUUUAUUGUGUUUUUUGACUUGUUUCCUCUAAAUAUAUUUCUUUAGAUAAAAA